AUGGCCAAGUCCAAAUCUGCCAAGCGGAAGCGCAAUGCGCAUGUCGAUCUCCCGCAAAAACACCCCAAAGCCGCAUCGACCCUUACGCCGCCUCCCGAUGGCGCAGCGCUCGAGCCCAAACACCUCAAGACGGUCGUCUCCGAUGAAGAGCUCGAGAUCACCAUCGACACGCUCACGUCCCUCGCGCAAUUCCCCAGCCUGACCAAGUCCAAGGCCUGCAAAGACCUGCGCGUCGCCGUCUACGACUUCCGCCAGGCCUGCACCACGGGCGUCAACACCGCUGAGGGCGCAAACCUGACGGCGCGCAUCACCGGUGCGCUCGUCGACGAGAAAUGGCUCGAGGCCAAGAUCCUGCUCGCCGAGAUGCGUAUCCGCGGCGAACAACCCAAGAUUGGUGCCCUGUGUCGCUGGGUGCGAGACUUGGAUGUCGUCAGUGGCCUCUCGACACAACCCGAAGCUCUCAACCACGUCCCGCUUGAGCGCAGCGCCAAAGAUAUGGAGCUUCUAGCCGUCCUCGAUGCCGUCCUGCGUGUCAGCACGCCGAUUGAUACCAGCCCGAACGCCGUCGACUCGACCUCCCCUAUCGCCUUCCAGUCCAUCUGGGACCUCCGACCGAAGACGGCGCCGCUCCAGGUCUACGCCUCCGUCCUCGACAAAUCCAUCCUGGCCGAGGCGCCCAAGUCUCCGUCCGCCCUCCGCAUCAUCGAACGAACCCCCGGCCCGCUCCGAAAACCUCCGAACCACCAUCCCGCGAUCCUCUACACAACCGCCCCGAACGCCGUCCCACUCGCUCCCAACGGCCCGGCCAUUACAUACCACCCCCACCCCGCCGUGCCCGGCCUCGGCCUCGCCAUGGACGUCCUCUCCGCCGCCGAGUGCAAGGCCAUUAUUGCAGCCGGCGAAUCCGUCAAUUUCCUGCCCGACGCACCCCUUCGCGAAGACGGAGACAUGAGCAUCCUGGCCCACAACUUCUACUGGGUCGUCGACACCACGUUCCACGACAUGCUCUGGGCGCGCAUCUCCCCGUACGUGCCGCCCUCAGUAAACGGCCGCCUGGCCCGAGGCAUCAACCGACGCUUCCGUGUGUACCGAUACGUCCCCGGAGCCGAGUACCGGUGCCACAUUGACGGAGCUUGGCCGCCGUCAGGCAUCCUCCCAGAUGACACGUACGUGUACGACUCGUCGCCCGAAGACAAGAGACAGAGCUCCAUGUACACCUUCUUGCUAUAUCUGAACGACGAGUUCGAGGGUGGAGAGACGACCUUCUUCAUGCCCGCCGCGCGGGAAGGAACCCUCAAUGCCUACCCUGUGCGACCUGUCAUGGGAUCCGUUGCCAUCUUCCCGCACGGAGAGUCCAAUGGCGCUUUGCUACAUGAAGGGACAGGAGUGAGGAAAGGCGCAAAAUAUAUUAUCAGGACCGACGUCGAGUACGACGUCAAGCCUUGUGAAGAAUGA